AUGGUCAACUGUCUUGUAGUCAGCUGUCAUAAUACUUACAAGAAUACAAAAAGGAAAGGAGUAAGCUUCCACAAGCUACCCGAAAAUUUAAAGAAAAUUUGGCUGGCAAAAAUUAAAAGCGAGGACGCUCUGCCGAAACCCAAGAACAGCGACGUCUGCUCAGAUCACUUUAUCAAGGACGACUUCAAGCGGAAUAUUCAGUCCGAGCUCCUUGGAUCUGACAGUAGCAGGAAAAAGAGACAUUUAAAAGAUGAUGCUGUUCCAUCUGUUUUUCCUUAUGCACCGACACCAAAGAAAACCCGGCAAACAAGCGCCAGAGCCGACAGGAGGCCUGGGUCCCUUUACACGCAGCCAUUUACUUCGACUCUGAUCAAAGCUUCAUAUAGCCAACCACCUCGGCUUCUGGAACUCUUGAUUAACUGGAAGAAGAUACUGGCGUAA